UCGUAACCAUUUCUUUAUUGUUAAUUUCAAAAAGAAGCCGAGAUCGAUUUAAAGACUUCCGUUCACCACGUUCUAACUACGUUAACGCAUUCACCAAUUUCUUUUUAUUUCUUGCCCGAAUUUUCUUUUUUUUUUUUACUGGUAAAGAUUGGGCCAUGGGCAAACCCGUUCGAUGGAGAAGUACGCUCGCACAUCUACCAGCAAGGAUACACAACGAAGAGUAAUCGAAGAAUGUAGGUGGACAUCGGUUUUCCGCGGUAGCUGCUCUAUGAAAUAUUCAACGUAUCCGCGGGCUACGUAGUUAUGGCUUUGUACGUACAAAAAUCAACGAACGAGACCCCAAUGUUCGCGAAAUCGAUGCGUUACUUUUAUUCGUCGUUCUCUCGUCCAGUCUCUAGAUCGUUCUAUCGACGUUGCUACAUAGCUUGAUAAAAAUAUACAACAAUGGUAAAAUGUCCGUGCUCUUUUUUAACACGCUAACAAGCGUUUUAUAAAAUGUACCACUUUAUACGAUUUUUUAAAGCGAUACUAUGGCGAUUCAGAAUAUUAGGUCGUCCCACGAGUUUGUGCCAUUUAUUUUUCUGAUACUCAAAUUAAUAUGUGAAACAUACCUGACGUAACUCGUUAAUGGAGUGCCGUAAAAUCUCGAAUUAAGCCCAACAGUUUUUCCUCCAUCCGCGAAGAAUAAAACCAAGAGUUCGCAACGGCUCAGACCGAAAGUACCUUCAGGGCGUUGAAAUCAUCUUAAUGAGAUUGUCGCGAAGAGCGGCGACGAAAGGAACGCCCGUUAAUAAAGGAACAGAAGGGCCCCGAGAGAGAGCAUAACAAAGCCAAGCGCAGCAUUACGCCGAAUAAGUAAAAGGCUAAUGACAACGAGUCGAAUUGAAAUAACAAACGGGCCUCAGGAUCCGUCUAGAAGGUUUUAAAGAAAGAACGAAUCGUAGGUACCGCUUUCCCCUCCGUAUCCCUCGAACCACCCUUCCGAUUCUAGCGACUUACCAACGUCGGGAUAUCUUGAAAUUGCAAAUUCUCGAUGCUCCUUUUCGAAUCUCAAUAAGAUACCGGUAAAGUCUGCCGAUUCUGUCGUGUUGUACAUACCCCCACGCGAAACGAGCAGAGUUCUUUAGCGGUUUCCGAUGAAACCGUUUCCAUGCAGCAUAAAUGGAACGACGUCCAACGAAAAACGGGGAAAAUGAGAUAAAAGAAUACGCGCAUCGCGGAAGGUCGUUUUAAAUAAUUUAGCGAGCACGUUGGAGUAGCUGUUUCGUUGAUAACCGUAGGCAUUUUUAAUGCGCGUCGGUUAUGCGAUGCAACGGCGAGGUCAUUUCGAAAAAGUAUUUUCGAAUACUUUGCGCUGGUAGGAUUUUUUAUUCAAUUCUAUUGUUUUAUAUUUUACCUGUAAAACGUGACUCUUUUGUCUUGUUCUUGAAAAAAGUCGUUUAGUUAAUGUCUAGAUCUUCUAUACAAACAUUGAUUGCAUACUUAUUAGUGUAUACUACUGUUAUUUACCAACCAAGCUACCAGUCUGAUUAUUUUAUACAUUCAUUAUUUAACAUACAUGUAACGCUUUUAAAUUUUGCUAAAAAAAAUUGUAAAAUAAUUAAGACUUCAGAUUGUCGCGAGUACCGUCGUUCCUAUAUACGCUCCUGGUAAACAGCGCCACCCAUGAAAAGGGACGAGUAGAGGAACUUGAAGUCACCUAAACUCGUACCAACCAAGUUGUUGGAUUGAACCAACGCCCUAUGAAUUACGUUACCUACGCUCGUGUAAUAAAAGCAAACAGACGUGGUGGUUGUUUGGAUGGAAAUUUAUCGAGAUGACAGUCAUGAACGCAAUCGCGAGUGUUGUUUGUUUAUCGUUGUUGUACAUGGUGAUAGGUACCGACGCGAUUAGCUGCUAUCAAUGCAGCAGCGACACCGAUCCUAAGGGUGAAGAUGUAUGUGGGGCUUACGAGAAAUUUGACAAAUCAAAGAAUUUUGCCGUCGACUGCAUGAGCGAAGAGUCUCAUAUGCCUGGCACGUUCUGCGUAAAAAUAACGCAUCAAAGUCCUCGUGGAUUCAUUUGGGACGGUAGAUGGCGACAGGUGAUCCGACGAUGUGCGUCCGUAUCCAGUACCGGAGUCACUGGUGUUUGUAAUUGGGGGGUUUACGAAAACGGGGUAUAUUGGGAAGAGUGUUCCUGCUCGGAGGAUGCUUGUAACGAAGCAACAACAUUACCCCCAUUAUCGAUAACAAUCCUGUUACUGAUUGGUAUUUCAACGAUUAUAUUAUCGUUACAAUAAGUACCCAAGUUGAAGAGUAUUAUUACAGUCCAAACCACGCCGAGCAAAACUUAAUACAUUCGUUUACCUAAUUUUACGCGCGUAAACGACACGUCCAUUCGCUUGUAACAAUAAUUGACUAUGCUGUUAUCGAUCGAAAGAAUCUCAAUCUCUUUAAUCAAACAUAACCGUGUCGAAGUUAGCGAUUAGUAUUUGUAACUUUAUAUGAAGACUACAAACAAGUGUAAAUCGAACAUAAGAUAGUACAUAAUAAUACAGGUCAUCGCAUGUAUUAGACUGCAGUGCCAGAAGUAACGUAACGUUUCCGUCCAUAUUAUUUUACAACUCAUCUACUUAGUAAAUGUAUUUGCCUUAUAUUUAAAAAACGAAAAUCUCGACUGAUCUUAAAAUUAAUAUUUGGGAUAAAUUAAUCGAGCUUUCUAAAAAAAGAAGCAAUGUUCAAGAGUAAUCUUAAAAAUGUAUGUUCGAAUCCGUCCAUUACUUGUUACCUCUAUACAAAAAUUUACAUUUUAUAUUACUUUAUAAUCGUAGUGUAAACUUUUGUAAAUAAACAUUUAUUUCACGAUA